AAUCCUAAAGUGAAUUGGUUUCUUCAUAGCAAACGUCAAGUCAACGUAGAUCUUAAAGUGAAAGUAAGAGCUGAUGGAGGUUGUCAUCGUUGCUGCAGUCAGAACACCUGUUGGGUCUUUUAAUGGCGGAUUAUCCACACUUCCCGCACAUGACCUUGGGACUCUCUGUAUCAAGGAGGCUCUGGGUCGUGCAGGCAUCAAUGGAGAGACUGUGUCAGAGGUCAUUUUAGGACAAAUUCUCACAGCAGGUCAGGGACAAAACCCUGCUAGGAAGGCCAGCAUCAAUGCAGGGGUCCCUAUCCAUGUUCCUGCCUGUGGUGUUAACAUGCUCUGUGGAUCAGGUUUACGGGCAGUCGUUCUUGGGUACCAGGCCAUCAAGACAGGAGAUGCUCAAAUUGUAGUGGCUGGGGGUCAAGAAAAUAUGAGUCUAGCUCCACAUUGCAUUCACAUGAGGAAUGGAGUCAAAUUUGGGGACACAUCACUCACAGACACCAUGAUGUCAGAUGGUCUUAUAGACACCUUCAACCAAUACCAUAUGGGAAUUACAGCUGAAAAUGUAUCGAAGAAAUAUAAUGUAUCCCGAGAAGAACAAGACCUUUUUGCAGUUAAUUCUCAGCAGAAAUGUGAGGCAGCACAGAAUGCUGGGUAUUUUGAUGAAGAAAUAGUUCCUGUUUCCAUAGCAACCAGACAAGGAAUAAAGGUGAUAAAUAAAGAUGAAUUUCCACGACAUGGUUGUUCAAUAGAACAGUUACAGAAACUCAGGCCAGCUUUUAUUAAAGAUGGGUCAGGAACAGUAACUGCUGGAAAUGCAUCAGGUUUAAAUGAUGGAGCAGCUGUUUGUGUGUUAAUGAGUGCAGAUGAAGCUAGAUCUAGGUCAUUACAGCCACUUUGUAAGAUUGUAUCCUGGGCACAGGUGGGGGUGGAUCCAGCUAUUAUGGGCAUGGGGCCAGUAGAUGCCACUAGGAAAGCACUGGAGAAGGCCCAUUGGACAGUGGAUGAUGUAGAUCUGUUUGAGGUCAAUGAAGCCUUUGCUGCCCAGUCUGUGGCUGUCGUCAAACAACUUGGCUGUGAUCCAGCUAAGGUUAAUAUUAAUGGUGGAGCAAUAGCUAUAGGACACCCAAUAGGAGCCUCAGGAGCCAGAAUUCUAGUGACAUUGCUACAUUCCCUAAAAAGGACUGGUAAAAAAAGGGGUGUGGCAGCUCUUUGUGUUGGAGGGGGGAUGGGAAUUGCCAUGUGUGUGGAGAGAAUCUGACUUAAACAAAGAACAUUUGAUAUACCUAUACCUUGUAUAUCAAAUAUACAUAUAUCAUGCAUAUCAAGAGAUUGUGUGUUCUUGUAUAACAUGUAUUAAUAUGUUUUGACUUGAUAGCAUAUCAGUAUUAGAGAAUUUU